AUGGCAAAGAACAUCGACUCUUUCGAACAACUUACGACCCGAAUCAGACGUCUGCGAAUGAGAAGAUGUGGUCCAACACCAGCUUUGACUAUCUUCGUCGCUUACGCUCCAACAUCAAGCUACGAAGAAGAAGAAUUCGAAGCUUUCUAUAUGGAAAUGGAAAAGUUUUACCGAGAAGAUCAUGCCUUCCACAAGGUCAUAAUUGGCGAUUUCAACGCCAAGGUUGGCCCAAGAAGAACGCCGGAAGAACUUCACAUCGGGACUCACGGCCUACAAUGGAAUGACCAGGGGAGAGGCUCUCCGAGUUCAUCAUGA